AUGUCGGGCCCGAUCAACAUGGAGGCGGUCCUCGCCAAGUUUCCACAGAUUCUUACUCCCGCCGAGAAGCAGAUGUCGCCAGACGUGCGAAAUGAGAUUCUUAGAAAGCGCGUUCACCUCAUGUUGGCCGACCAACAGAAUAGGCGAAAGCAGACCACGGCACAGCAGCAACAAGCACAAGCACAGGCGGCAGCAGCAGCGGCAGCAGCAGGACAAGCAGGCCCGUCCGUAAUUCGGCCGCCGCAAGCCGGUCAGGUCGGUCAAACGCCCAGCCCACGAGUCGGCAUGCAGCAACCCCAGCAGAUGAAUGUUCAGCAGGCUCAGCAGCUGGCCCAAAACGCAGCGCUGGCAGAGCAGAUCCGUCUACAGCAACAGCAACAGGCACAACAGCAGCAGCUCGGUCAGCAACAGACGCCUCAGCAAGUGCAGGCGCAGCAGGCGGCCCAUCAGCAGCAGUUACAGAUCCUUGCAACACAACACAGGUUACAGCAGCAGCAACAACAGCAGCAGCAGCAAGCGCAGCAGCAACAACAGCAACAACAGCAGCAGCAACAACAAGCCGGGACACCGGCAGGUGCCGUCGCCACCCCUCUCGCGAACCCAUUGAACCCAUUGGGGGCCGCAAUUGCGACACCCUCUCCACAGGCGCAGCAGUCACCAAUGGCCAACCAGGCUGCUCUGGGACAGUCUCCAGUUGCACAGCGCAUGCAGGCUGCCGCGAGCGGCGGCGCGGGGCCCGGUAUCGCCCAAGCAGGCACGCCUGGUGCGGCUGGUGGAGGACCGCCCCAAGGGCUGAACAUGUUUGGGAGCGAUCCAAGCAAGAUCAUUGCCAACAUGCCUGAACUUCUCAAACUGCGCCAAUUAGGUCAAAUGCCUCCUGAAAUGCAGAAGACGAUCCAGUUUGACGCGCUCAUCAGCACGCCCGAAGUCAAGAACUACCUCCAGCAGAUCAGCCAGCGACAGCAGACGAUCCGCCAGAACCUAGCCAACAACGUCAGCCAGCAGUCACCCCAGCAGGGUAACGCGACCUCGCAGCCGACCGCCAUGCUCGCCGCCCAGCAGAUUGCUCACCUGCAGGCUCAGCAGCAAAGGCAAGCUGCGCUCGCUCGCCACCAGCAGCAACAGCAGCAGCAGCAGGCUGCCGCGGCCGCUGCCGGCCUCGGCCCUGAUCAAAUGGCCCAGUUCGCGCCACAGCAGCUCGCUCAGUUCGCCCAGCAAGGCCAAAUGCUCACUCCGCAACAGCAGCAACAGCUCCACCAGCAGCAACAGCAGCAGUUCUUGCUCCAGCAGAACCCGCAGCUGUUGCUCCGGCAGCAACAACUGGCCAACCAGCAAGCAGCGGCGAACCGCACGCAGGCGCAGGCGCAGGCUUUGGCGCAAGCCCAGCAACAGCUUGCAAACGGCGGCCAGCCCAACAUGCUGCAAGGCUUGCAGCACCAGCAAGCUCAGCAAGUCCUCCAGGCGGCUCAGGCGGCCCAGCUUCUCCAACAGCAACAACAAAAUGCCCAGGCGGCAGGCGUUCAGUUCACUCCUCAGCAGAUGGCACAGGCAGCGCAAGCAGCGCAGGCAGCGCAGGCAGCACAGGCAGCACAAGCAGCACAGGGGGCAGCACUUGCCGCUGGCAACAACUUUGGCUCUCCCCGUCCCCCCGCACAGGUCGCCAACAACUGGGCUGACAUCCGUGCUAAGCUCGCGACCCUAUCUGAGCAGGACAGGGAGAAGGCCUUUGAGAGAAAUCCCAAGCUUAGAGCGUUGUACCACUCCAACAUCUCGUUGCAGACGACUCAGCUCGCUCAGCAGCAAGCACAACAGCAGGCCGCUGCCCAAGCAGCACAGCAGCAGUCUCAGCAGGCUCAGCAGGCUCAACAGGUCGCCGCCGCCGCUCAGCAGGCCCAGCAGCAAGCCCAGCAGCAGCAAGCCCAGCAGCAGCAGGCUCAGCUCCAGGCGGCCCAGCAGCUUCAGCAGCAGCAACAGCAGCAGACAGCUCAGCAGCAACAGCAACAGCAGCAACAGAUGCAGCAGCCCGACCAGCAGCAGCAGCAGCAACUGUUGCAGCAGGCUCAGCAACAAGCCCAACAACAGCAGCAGCAGCAGCACAUGGGUGGUGUUCCGAUGCAAGGCAACGCCUCUCAGAUGCAGGUCCGGCCACCUACGCCAAUGGGCUUCCCUGUCCUCAACAACGUGCCCAACCUUCACAUCCCAGCGAACAAGCAGCGCAAUCUGGCAGCUCAGCAGCAGCCUAGCACGCCGACCGCCACGCAGUCGCCCCAGGUCCGCCCCACCGCUCCGUCCGUGGGCACGCCGUCGAGCGCCGCCGGUGGCACCCCACAACCCGGCCAGCCGACGCAGCCACAGCGCCUCUUCCCCGGUGGCAUCCCCGUUGCACCAGGCCAGCAGCCGGUUCGCCCAGGGUUCGUUCCUGGUCAGCACAUGACACCGGCGCUCAUUUUAUCCGACUUGGAUAAGAAGAACGUUGUGCCUCAGGCCCAGACUGUGCCACAGCGUUCGACAAACGAUGUGGUGUCGGGAGCGCUUGACCGCUCCAAUUCGCUGCUGUCCAAGGUCUCCUGGCAGCCGUCGGCUGAGAAUGAUGCCGCGCUUAGAGAAAGCCUCCUCCGUCUGCAGCAGCAGUCUACGCGUUCGGCUGGUCGCUCCACGCUCCUCGAGGGCAUGUCCACCGUCCCCGUUCUGGCCGGUGUGCUCGGCGAGAAGCUUCCUUCCGACCUGCGCGCACUGGCCGAGGGCGACGCCGACGCCAAGAGCGAGGCAUUGGAGAAGGCUGGCAAGAAGCAUGACCUCGAGGGCAGCGGCAUGCCUGGCCAAAAGAAGCUCAAGGUGCAAGAGUUUGCGCAGACAAUCGACAAGAGCUUCCAGAUCGACCGGCCAGUGGAGGACGUCCUUCUCGACAUGGCGGACGAGUACAUUGACCUCGUGACUCAGACUAGCUGCCAGCUGGCCAAGCACCGCAAGGCUGGGGCGAUCGACCGCAAGGAUGUGCAGUUUGCCUAUGAGUCUCUGUUUGGCCGCUCGCUGCCAGGGUUCUCGUCGGACGCCAUCCGACUGGACCAGGCUCGGUCGUCACGUCGUGCGCCGAUCUCGGCUCAGCGUGCUGCCAAGCUCAAGCUUGUCAAUGACUCGAAGAUGAACUGGCGCAAGGAGAAGGACGAAGCGGCCAAGGCGAUUGAGCAGGCGGCGAUUGCAGCAGAAGCCCAGGCGGCCCUUGGGUUUGCUGGCACUGGCGACGUUACCGCGGUUGCGUCCCUCGCGACGUCGGUCACUGGUACGCCACAGGUCGCCACGGCUGGCCUUCCGGGUACCUCCGGUGCUGCUCUCCCCGCCCCAACCUCGGCGCUUGGACUCGGCGACUCGGCGCCCCAGGCCCAGCCUCCAUCUGUGAUUGUGUCGGCUCCGCCGGCCACCGUUGUCGUGUGAUGAUAGCAGCAGUCGUAGUAAAAACGCCAGCGAGCGAGCGUUCCCCAUCUGUUGUCCCUGCCCCCAUCCCUAUAUUGUAUCACCCUCAUCACAGUAUUGUUUACAUGCAUGGCCC